GUAUCUCUAUUGCUUGAGUUCCCGUGUGACGCUGACGAAGUUGACGGUGAACUUGGACGGACUGAAAAUUCCGCUAGACGGCUUUCAGUGGGUCUUUCAGAGCCUAAUGCCGCGCUAUGUGUGGAUGGAGGGCAAGUUGUCUCUCUUGAUCGUCGAGUACGACGCUUUCGAGGAGGACGCCGACUACAGUGACGAAGACGCUGACAGCUUCUUUCUACAGCGCCACAAUGUGGAUAACGAAUGGGCGGAAUCUGAGUCAGAUGCUGAACUUCAGCACCAGGAGGACCUGCUGGCCGAGCUCUUCCCAGAUGGGGGUAACUCCGAGGGUGCCGAGGCUGCCGCUGUCAUUGCCCGAACACGGAAAGAACUCCGGACACAGGCAGCGAGCCGUGGGCUGGGAAAUGGCGUGGGAGACGGAAAUCAUGAGAAUGAGAACGACGGUGAAGGAGGAGAAAAAAACGGAAGCGAUUUAAGUGGAUCAACCAAUGACGCCCAAGAACGAUCUCACAAUCAUGGAAAUCAUCAUCAUGCAGGUGCGGCCUCUGCAGGGUCGAGCGCUGCAAGUUCGGGUCGCAAGCUCGAAGGUCAAGGUUACGCAACCGGUGUGCCGGCAGCCCGUCAGAACAACAAGAACAAAGACCGACGAAUCCUCUCGAUUAUCGUGUGCCCGGGUGGCGGAUCGAUUUACGCUAAGAUCUUCGGUUCCCUGUGGCCGACGCACGCAUGCAACUACCCCAACGAAAACACCGGACCUGGCUUCAAACUAGGAGGCAACAACUUCGUCACGUUUGUGAGCUCACUAAUUCUGGCCACAGAUUUGGUCAACUCCAUGGUGAACCGCUCCAUUACUUUGCCCCAGCAGCGCUUUAUCCGCGAGUGGUUGUCGAAGGUUCGAAUUCUGUACUCGCGGCGGCGCAAAGCCACCGUUGUCUCCAUGCGAAUUGACGCGCGCGUGCACGAACGCGAAAACGUCGAUAUCGACUACUACACGGGCGAGAUUGUCGAC